AGAAGAUCGGACGGUUAAAAUUAGGUAUUUUCAAUUGACAUGAAAUUUGGACGGUUUCGAUCAAGGAUUUGGUGGUUCUUCUGAAUAUUUCAAUUUUUAAAAAGGUCAAGCACAUGGAAGAACCAAGACGAUCUUUCCCGCCAACGCAAUGAGAAAUGAUCAGGUCCUCUUUUCAGCCAAAGCUUCAACCGUUUUUCAAAUCUGUCGACCGUUGCAUUAUGGAAUUCCAACAUCAGUCAACAGUAGGCGAAGGUUUAAGUUACAAAGCCCUUCUUCUCUUCUGCCAGAUGAAGCAAUCGGGCUUAGAACCCGACAAUCUAACCUUCCCGUUUGUAGCAAAAGCAUGUGCGAAGCUCUCGAAUCUCAACUACUCCGAAAUCAUUCACAGCCAUGUUGUGAAAUCCCCCUUUGGGUCUGAUAUAUUCGUCCAAUCAGCCAUGGUAAAAAUGUAUAUCAAAUGUGGUGAACUGGAUUCCGCAUGCUGCUUGUUCGAGGAAAUGCCUGAGAACGAUGUUGCUUCUUGGAACACAAUAAUCAUGGGUUUUGCUCAGUCGGGGCUCCUUGGUAGAGUUUCAAAACUUUUCUGCCAAAUGCGGCUCAUGGAAUUUAAGCCCGACUCAAUCACGCUCACAGCCUUGACCCAGUUAAGUUCCAAUACUACCAAUUUGAGCGUGGCAAGAGCUGUUCAUUACUUUGGGAUUCAACUUUGUGCCUGUGAUGAUGUUUCAGUUGCCAACACUUUAAUUGCUGCAUAUGCUAAGUGCAAUGACUUAAGCUCGGCAGAGGGGGUGUUUAAUGGCAUAUCAUUGGGUAUGAAGACUGUAGUCUCAUGGAAUUCAAUGAUUUCCGGGUGUGCCCACCUUGAAGAAUCUGCUGAGGCCAUUGGUUUCUACCAAUUGAUGUGCCAAAAUGGAGUGAAGUCUGGUGUGAGCACUUUUCUUAGCUUGCUUUCAUCAUGUGUGCAACCUGAAGCACUUUUUACUGGUAAAGCAUUGCAUUCUCAUGCUGUCCAAACAGGUUGUGAUCUACUCAUUUCUGAGAUUAAAACUCUCAUUUUGAUAUAUUCCAAGUGUGGAGAUAUUGAUUCAGCGCGUUAUUUAUUUAACACAAUGCAUGAAAGAACAUGUGUUUCAUGGACAGCUAUGAUCAGUGGAUAUGCUGAGAGAGGAAAUUUGGAUGAGGCGCUGCCUUUGUUUUAUGACAUGGAAGCAGCAGGCAAGAAGCCCGACUUGGUUACCGUGGUUGCUCUGUCUGCCUAUGGCCAAACAGGGGCUCUUGAGACUGGAAGAUGGAUUAAUUUGUAUGCCAUUUCAACAGGUUUGAGAGGGAAUAUAAUGGUUUGUAAUGCGUUGAUAGACAAAUAUGCAAAGUGUGGAAGCAUGGAAGAUGCACAUCAGCUUUUUCAAACCAUGCCCGAAAGAACUAUAAUCACUUGGACAACAAUGAUUGCAUGCUAUGCUUUAAAUGGAGAAUCCACAGACACUUAGGAUUUUUUCUCUCAGAUGAUGAAGUUGGGUUUGAAACCAAAUCACAUAACAUUUCUAGCAGUUCUACAAGCUUGUUCCCAUGCAGUUUUCCUUGAGAAAGGAUGGAAGUAUUUCAAUUUAAUGACCAAAGUUUAUAAAAUAAGCCCUAGAUUAGAACACUAUGCCUGCAUGGCAUAUCUUCUUGGUCGAGCAGGGAAGCUGAAAGAAGCAUUAGAUUUCAUUCUAAAAAUGCCAGUUAGACCUGAUUGUGGUGUAUGGGGUGCUUGCCAGAUUCACCAAGACAUAGAGAUUGGUAAGUAUGUGGCCAGCCGUCUUUUUGAGCUGGAGCCUGAGGCUGCAGUUUCGUAUGUGGCAAUGGCCAAUAUCUAUGCUGCAGAAGGGAAGUGAGGUGGUGUGGCAAAAAUACGAUCAACUAUGAAAUGCAAAAAGUUUGAAAAUUUCCUGGUAGCAGCCAUAUUCAGGUGAAUGGGAAUACUCAUGUAUUCACAGCCGAGGACAGGCACCACCCUGAAGAGCUAAUAUGUAGAUUUUGAUUUUUUCACUCUAUAUAUUCCAUAUAUAGAGUGUUAGAUGGUUUAACUUUGCAAUUGAAAGAAUCCAGGUUGAGGCUAUCAUCAGAGGACAUUAUAGCAUAUGACUUGUAAUAAAAUUGUGUGAUUUAGUUAUCGUUUUGAUGUAA